GAACGGCUGUCGCUUAGCUUCCUGCCCGCGCCGGAAGUUCUCUUAGCUACGUCGGUGCAGCGUCGGCCCGCGCGCGUGCGAGGGAGAAAGCGAGGAGUGAGAGGAGUUGACCGUUGGCUGCCCCGUCCCGCCUAAGUCGGCUCGUCCUGUCGGGAGUAGUUCCCAGCCCAGCUGCCGGCCAUGGCGUACCGCGGGCAAGGCCAGAAGGUGCAGAAAGUGAUGGUGCAGCCCAUCGUAUCCUUCCGUGGCUUUCGGGAAGCGAAGCAGGCCCGGCGUGGGAAGGGGAUGGUAACGGGCGGGGGGGAGCGAAGCAAUGGUGCCCAAGGAAGGUGUCCUGAGAUUCGUAGGGCGGGGGGUAGUUAAGGGGGUUUGAAGGGGCGAGGAGAGAAGCAGGCGCUUGGUUUCCCGUGAGGAAAUUUUCGGUGCAGGAGUGGCGGGAAGACAUUGAUUUGUGUCGCGUAGCUUGUGCAGGUCGUUGGCCCGGGAGACUUGGGUUCAAAUCCCCAGUUGUUUCCAGUCAGCAGUAAAAAUGGACCGGUUCCACGCUCUCAAGCUAGUCCACCUCACAGUGUUUUGGGGAGUGGUGUUGAACAAUGUGGGCAGCCUUGAAAUCCUCUUGAGUAAUAGUAAUAAUAAUGCAUGCGCCGUAUGUAGCGACGCCACACAUGCGCUGUUGUGGGUAGCCUUGAAAUCCUCUUUAAUAAUAACAACAACAACAAUAAUUAAUAAACAACUUAAUAAAAAUUUAUUAUUUAUACCCCGUUCAUCUGGAAAGGGAGAAGGGCAGAAUAUAAAUGCUGGCAAACAGACUAGACUUGUGGGGAGUGGAUAAAAUGCGUCUGAAAUUCGACCCAGAAAGCAGCCAAAUGUUCAAAAGGAUCUUCCAAAGUAAAUUGGAAUGGUUUUGAUUAGAAACGACAAGGCAUAUUAAUUCGGAGUUGCUAACCUGUUUGCCUCAAUAUAUGUUGAAAAGUGGAGGUGGCGGUUCUAAUGCCACUGUCAAAAACUGGCUCGCUUGGUGCUGCUUUAUGUAUGUAUAUGUGUUUUUCCUUAAGCCACUUGUUGCAGAACCUCAUCUUCAGAUACCUACAGAAUGUAAGUAAACACAAUUUGGGAUUUUUACUCCUUAAUAAUGAAUUUGAACAAGUAGUGAUAUUCAGUAUAACUUGUGGAUGAAGAGCAAAUGGCCAGGAGAUCUGGAAUUUUUUAUUGUGUUAUAAAAUCAUAGUCAGGAUGUGCUAUUUUGCUUUAUUGGAGGGGAGCGUAUAUUGUCUGUAUUACAAGGGCUUGGUGUGAACUUUUAAAACGAAUGUGGCAGGCAAACCUUUACCUCACUUUCCUGCUGUUCAGUGUUAGAAACUGAGAUGUGAAAGCUAGGAGCUAAAUGGCACCUUGAAACCUAGGUUAUGUCCUAAUUUGAACAUUGACCAUCCAUUUCCAUGGCCUCUGUUUAUGGCAUUUUAACUACACUGUAGAAUUGAGUAGCUUUAAAAAAGACCAGUGCCUAUGUAAUUGGGUCUUUAAAAACUGAUGUUUCGUCACUAUGCCUAGAAACACUGCAACAUGUAUAAAGUAUUACCUAGGCUCUAGGAAGUUUAUGCCGUAUUAUAAAAUGUCUUGAGAAACCUUUUUGUCUUGAAUAAACCAUAAACAUUUCAAACAAAGUAUGAUGUUGUGUAGUGCUUCAGUACUUCAAAAACAUGGUUUGGAUUAAGACAUCCAUACAUUUUGGAUUGGCUUGGUACGAAUCCAUGAUUCAGGUUCACACCUUCUGAAUAUGCACAGGAUGUGUGUUUAAUGUCAUGCUGGGUUUUGGAAUUUAUACCUUUUCCAAAGCCAAGUAUGAUUUGGCAGCCCUUUGUUCUUCAUGUGAAAGCCAUGGAUAUCUUCAAUAGGCAACUGAAUUUGUGAAAGCCUCUUUGGAACCAUUAUAAAUACUUCCUUUACUAUUUACUUUGCAGAGGUCCAGAAUUCAGGUGUGGCUGUAUGAACAGGUGAACAUGAGGAUAGAAGGCUGUAUUAUUGUGAGUAUUGCCAUCACUGUUUCUCUCUUUUCUUUCUUCACACCCACCCACACUAUCAGAAGCAAACCACCCAGAAAAUGAUUCCUGCUUAAUUAAAUUUCAAGUAACUUUAGCUUCUUCACCUACUAACAUGAAGCAUGUGGUAUUGUAAAUGAUCGUGCCUUUGCAUGAUUCACAAGGUUGUAUAAUUGUGCUUACCUCUCUUGCCAUGGCAAGUUCAUUUGGUAUCACAUUUAAAUGCCAGGUUAAAGCUAUUUUAUGUGGUUAUAGGGCAGUUUAUAAAUUCAAUUAAUAAUGACAACAAUAACUGAAAACUGUUUUACAUUUUUAAUGCUGCUUCUGAGUUAUAUAGUUUAUUAAUUUUACGCUGCUCAUUUUAUGAUUUUAAAUUUUUUACUUUCUAUUUGUAACAGCAUUUUUAUGCCCUCAUUACAGUAUCUGUCAAGACACAGUAAAAGUUAAGAUGGUGAAGCAAUAAAACAAAUUUAAAAUAAAAUAAAUAAAAUGUAACUGAAGACCCAAAGAGCACAAUUAAUUCCUGACAUUGUCAGAAAAGUCUUGCAUGUCCAGCAUUGAACUUUUAUUUUAGUUUAAUUGUGUCUUGAUUUGGAGGUUUGUGUCAUUGUUUUGGCAAAUUGGGUUAUGCACUUUUUUAUAUAAAAUCAGGCAACGUGAUGAUGUUAACAAGCUGUCUGAAUUCACUACUGGGAUAUAUCGCUUUAUUUCCUACCUUAUCAUGUGUUCUGCUUUCCUUAAAACAAUGUGAAGUCAUAGGCAACUAUUUUGGCUUACACAGGGAUUUGAUGAAUAUAUGAACUUGGUUCUGGAUGAUGCUGAGGAGAUUCACUCCAAGACAAAAUCAAGGAAACAGCUGGGUGAGUGUUGAGGACACCAUUCCCUUUUGUCAUUAGCAAAUGCAAUUGUACUUUCCAUGUUUUCCAUGAAAAACCUAUUUGAAGGUUACAUCUAGUGCAGAUGUUCCCUUCCAGAUGGGUUUUAGCCACUGGGCUUUCACUGCCCUGCUGUGCCUAGAUCUUUAUUGCUUUUCUGCAAAUUUCCUAGUGGGCUGGAUUUCAACCACUAAGUAUGAAAAAGAGCUGACUGUUGCCUGUCAAAUGGGCAUGUUCUUUCUCCAGUGUCCAAUUAUGAUCUUAACAAGUGGUAAAGAAUUACCUUUUAAUACUACUGUGAAACUGCUAUGAACAUUUUUAUUAAAGGGUAGUAGAAAAAUAACAUGAAAAGGAAGAAUGGCUGCUUUUUUAUCUGUAAAUAUUACCUACUCUAAGUCUUAUUAUAUUUGCAGUUCAUCUUCUCCUAGGAUGUUACUUGAAUGUUUUUGGAUAGCAAAUUAAUGCUACAAUUGAGGGCAUGAAAGAGUUAGGCCAUAGAAAGGGAAAAGAGAAAGGGUUAAUGCUGUACAGUACUGUACUUUGCCACCCUUGCCAAUAUUUUUAGUACCGAUUAUACAGUUUAGAUCGGCCUUUCUCAACCUUUGGUCCCCAGGUGUUGUUGGAAUACAACUCGCGUCAUCACUGAUGACUGGUCAUGCUUGCUAGGAAUUGUGGGAGUUGUAGUCCAAAAACAUUGGGGGACCCAAGGUUGAGAAAGACUGGUGUAGAUAAAUGACGAAUGUAACUGAAGUGGGUCAGUUGGUAGAGCAUGUCACUCUUAAUCUCAGGGUCACAAGUUCGAGCUCCACAUUGUGCAGCCUGCAUUGCAGGGAAUUGGACUAGAUGGCCCUUGUGGCCCCUUCCAAUGCUACGAUUCUGUGAACUGAAAACUGGAUUUAAGAUGUUAGUAGAAAAGGGGUAUAAUGUUGUCAGAAAGGGGGCAUCUUUUUUACUCCCAUAGAUCUAAUGGCACUUUUUUUUCAUUGCAGGUCGAAUCAUGUUAAAAGGAGACAAUAUUACUCUUCUACAGAGUGUUUCUAACUAGAAAUAGUUAUUGAGUCUGUUUUGCUUAUUAUUUUAAUCUUUAAAACCUAUAGAAGAAAACAUGCAGUGGUUUAAUGGUAUCACUCCCAAUUCUACCGUUGGUGUCUGAAGUGUGAAGAAUGAAGCCAGUUACUUAAUUUGUGCUUGCAUAAUUUUCAAUAACUUUUCUACAUUUGUGUUGAAUUGUAGUUCUUUAUAAAUAAAACUUUUUGUUAGUACAUCUUUGUUACUUAUUAUCCAUAGCACCUGGUGUAGAAAUCUUAAAAGUUCUAUAAUGAUACAGGAGAAAACAAACUGUUCAGCCCAAAUUACAAUGUUACCUUAGCAAUAAACUUUUCAUUAGAAGAUACUGGCGACUUUCCCAUCAACAUUUGGGAGUGUCUUUUCUGAUUGGCUCCCUUAAUUUAGUCAUCUUCCCCUGGUGAAAAUCUCUUCUCCUGCUGUUCCUUCAUUUCUCAGGCAAGUAUAGAGUACACCCCACUCUGUUUCCCUAUUUUAAAAAAGAUGUCUUGUUCUUGUGGGUAGGUUGUGUUACGAGUUUGGCGGGUUAGGUGAUGUGCCAAGACCCUUCUAGUUCCUGGAUCUAGCAGGGAUUCAAAUUGCUGAAUUAGCCAGACAAGGGCCAUAAAGGCCCUAAGUAUGGAUCCUUAAGGCAACAGAGGAAGUCACUCUGUGCCAGAGGGUAAAUGGGUGGGCCGGCCACCCUCAGCUGUCUGGUAAUUAGAAAGACAAAGGGCAGAGUUGAGGUUUGUGAGCUAGAAGCUAAAAGAAUACAGAUGCCAGAGAGAGUGCUAUGCAUGAUUUCUGCUGGAAUCCAAGGCUGUGGCCAUAGGAGAAGCAAGAUCCUCUUCAGGUAUUAAUCCUGUGAACCCCUCCAUUGUAGGUUCAGGUUGCAUAUAUGUGUAAAUAAACCAUAUAUCAU